GCCACGGGCGGAGCCGCGGCCAUGGCUCGCUCCCUGCUCCUGCUUCUCCUCGGACUUCUGCCCCGGGCUGUUCCGCUGCUGGAUACUAGCAUCUUCUUAAUAUAUAAUGAAGAUCACAAGCGCUGUGUACUGGCUCAAAGUUCUAAUUCAGUGACUACUGCUCCUUGUGUUCAAGAAAAUGAGUCACAAAAAUUCAGGUGGGUCUCAGGUCACCAGCUUAUGAGCAUAGCAUUCAAAUUGUGCUUGGGAGUGCCUUCGAAGAAAGACUGGGUUCCGAUCACUCUGUAUCCUUGUGACAAGGCUAGUGAACUUCAGCGAUGGGAAUGCAGAAAUGAGACUCUCUUUGCAAUCCAAGGGGAAGAUUUGUUUUUCAACUAUGGAAACAAACAGGAAAGGAAUAUUAUGCUGUACAAGGGAUCUGGUUCAUGGAGUAGGUGGAAAGUCUACGGAACCACAGACGAUCUGUGUUCCCGAGGCUAUGAAGAUACUUACACAGUGAAAGGAAAUGACAAUGGAGCGCCUUGUGUAUUUCCUUUUAAGUUUGGUGGUAAAUGGUAUGCUGACUGCACAGAUGCUGGCAGAUCAGAUGGCUGGUUCUGGUGUGGAACCACUUCGGACUAUGAUGUUGACAAGAAGUAUGGAUUUUGCCCAACGAAAUUUACUAGUAGUGAUUUGUGGAACACAGACCCUUUAACAAAUGUCCAGUACCAGAUAAACUCUGAGGCAGCUCUGAAAUGGCAUCAGGCAAGAAAAAGCUGUCAGCAGCAGAAGGCAGAGUUAUUAAGCAUCACAGAGUUACAUGAACAAACAUACCUGACAGGUCUGACUCGCACACUGAGCUCAGCUCUCUGGUUUGGUCUUAACAGUUUGAAUUUCAACAGUGGAUGGCAGUGGGUUGGUGGUGCUCCUUUUCGGUACUUAAACUGGGUUCCAGGCCAUCCUUCUCCAGAACCUGGAAAAAUCUGUGGUGCAUUGAAUCCUGGCAAAGGUGCUAAGUGGGAGAGCUGGGAAUGUGAUAAGAAACUAGGCUAUAUUUGUAAACGAGGAAAUGCUACUUUAGAAUCUUUCAUUAUUCCUAGAGAGACAAAUGUGCCUAUUAGGUGUCCUGAUCAAUGGAUGUCAUAUGCUGGUAACUGUUACAUAAUUCACAGGGAACCCAAAAUAUGGAAAGAUGCCUUAACAUCUUGCAGGAAAGAGGAUGGAGAUCUGGCGAGCAUCCAUAAUGUCGAAGAAUACAGCUUUAUUAUUUCUCAACUUGGGUACAAACCAUCUGACGAGCUGUGGAUUGGGUUGAAUGACCUCAAGGUUCAGAUGUAUUUUGAAUGGAGUGAUGGAACACCUGUCACCUACACAAAGUGGCUUCGUGGAGAACCCACUCAUGCAAACAACAGACAAGAGGACUGUGUUGUUAUGAAGGGAAAGGAUGGAUUUUGGGCAGACCAUUCUUGUGAAAAGAAAAUUGGCUACAUCUGUAAAAGGAAACCUAUGUCAGAUGCUCCCACAGAAGAGGAAACUAUUGACAUGGGCUGCCAGAAAGGCUGGAAAAGACAUGGUUUUUAUUGUUACCUCAUUGGAAAUACAUUUGUAACAUUUUCUCAAGCAAAUCAAACCUGUGGAAGGCAUCAGGCUUUUUUAGCAACUGUUGAAGACAGAUAUGAACAAGCCUAUCUGACCAGCCUGGUUGGGCUGAGAACAGAAAGAUACUUUUGGAUUGGACUUUCAAAUGUAGAAGAAAAGGGAAUGUUCAAAUGGGCUAAUGGUGAAUCUGUCUUAUUUACACACUGGAAUUCUGAAAUGCCUGGAAGAAAGCCAGGUUGUGUUGCCAUGAGGACUGGAAUAGCAGGUGGAUUAUGGGAUGUAGUAAAAUGUGAAGAAAAGGCAAAUUUCAUAUGCAAAGUGUGGGCAGAAGGAGUGACACUUCCACCUGUUCCCACAACAACUCCUAUUCCCCAGUGUCCAGAAGGCUGGGAAUCAAGCAAUCAUAUUAGCUUCUGUUUCAAACCUUUUUCAAGAGCAGAGCACAAGAAGACAUGGCUGGAGUCGCAGGAGUUUUGCCGAUCCAUAGGAGGAGAUCUGGCCUCCAUUAACGGCAAAGAGGAGCAGAACGCGAUAUGGCGUUCCAUCGCAAACAAUGGCUAUUACCACCAGACUUUCUGGAUGGGUUUAUAUUACUUGAAUCCUGAUGAUGGCUUUGCUUGGAGUGAUGGAUCUCCAGUGAGGUAUGAAAACUGGGGCUUUGGAGAGCCAAAUAAUUAUCAAGGAGCUGAACUUUGUACAGAGAUCAGUGGUGAUUACAGCAUGCUUUGGAAUGACAGGCACUGUGAUUAUAUGUAUGGAUGGAUUUGCCAAAUAAGAAGAGGGGCAAGUGUGAAGCCUGAACCAACAGAAUCUCCUGCACCCGAAUACAAGACUACUGAGGAUGGAUGGAUCAUACAUGAAGAUAAACAGUACUAUUUCAGCACAGAGACUGCUCCUAUGGAAGAGGGUCGUGAGUUCUGCAAAAAGAACUUUGGAGACCUUUCUGUCAUUGAGAGUGAAAGUGAAAGGAAGUUCCUCUGGAGAUAUAUACUGAAAAAUGGCAAAGAGGAUGCAUAUUUCAUUGGUUUACAACUGAGUAUUGACCAACGUACCAGCUGGAUGGAUGGCACUCCAGUGAAUUAUUUGGCAUGGGCACCACAUGAACCUAACUUUGCAAAUAAUGAUGAAAACUGUGUAGUUAUGUAUAAGAAUUUAGGAUUUUGGAAUGACAUAAACUGUGGCUAUCCAAAUCCCUACAUAUGUGAAAGACACAACAGUUCCAUUAAUUCAACUGUUCCUCCAACAACACUUUCAACUCCAAGAGGAUGUCGUCCAGCUUGGCUUUCUUUUCGUAAUAAGUGUUACAAAAUAUUUGGAUCUACAGAAGAGGAACGUGUUACUUGGCAUGCUGCACGAACAGCUUGCAUGAAUUUAGGAGGAAACCUGGCCUCGAUCCCUAAUGAACAAGUGCAAGCUUUCCUUACCUUCCAUUUAAAAGAUUUUGUCACUGAGACAUGGAUUGGAUUAAAUGAUAUAAAUCAUGAAAUGAGGUUCCUCUGGACAGAUGGAACAGGGGUUUACUUUACAAACUGGGCCAAAGGCUUCCCAUCAGGACAUAUGGAUUUAUAUGCAUAUAGCGGCCAGGCUGAUUGUGUUGCCAUGAAAAACAAACCUGUUAAGGAAGCAGGGAAGUGGGCUGAUCAGAGUUGUGAUAACAGCAGAGGAUAUAUAUGCCAAAUUAAUGCAGAUGCUGAAUUUCUGCCUUCUACAACUUCAUCCCCAUCCAACAUUAUCCAUUAUGGGAAUAGUAGUUACUUGUUCAUCCAUACCAAAAUGACAUGGGAGGAUGCACGGAAAAACUGCAAACAAAAUCAGUUUGACCUUUCCAGUGUCUUAGACCCCUACAGUCACUCAUUCCUGUGGCUGAAGAUAUUAAAGUAUGGAGUGCCUGUGUGGAUUGGUCUUAACAGUAAUGUGACCAAUGGGCAUUAUGAAUGGAUUGAUAACUGGAAAAUGAAGUACAUGAAAUGGGCUAAAGGGGAGCCAAAGCAAAAAAUAGGCUGUGUCUAUCUUGACAUUACUGGAGUCUGGAGGACAGGAUUCUGCAAUGAAAGCUACUUCUCUGUUUGCAAAAAGUCUGAUGUUCAAGCUCCCACUGAUCCCCCUCAGCUUCCAGGAAAGUGUCCUGAAUCAGAAGGACACAGGUCUUGGAUCCCUUUCCGAGGACAUUGCUACUACAUUGAAUCUUCAUCUUCAAGAAACUGGGCCCAGGCAUCUUUAGAAUGUCUUCGACUAGGUGCCACUCUGGUCUCGAUUGAAGACCCAGCUGAAGCCAACUUUUUGACCUACAACCUUGAACCACUUGAAGGGAAAACAUCAACAUUUUGGACAGGAAUGUACAGAAAUGUGGAUGGACAAUGGUUGUGGCUAGACAACACUGCAGUGAAUUUUGUCAACUGGAAUGUAGGAGAACCUUCUUCUCAACAAAAUGAGCACUGUGUUGAAAUGUAUGCAGACUCUGGGUAUUGGAAUAAUUUCUAUUGCUCUUCCUACAAAGGAUAUAUUUGUAAAAAGCCAAAAAUUCCAGCAACUGAAAUGCCACCAGCGUCUGAAAUGCCACCAGGAAUACCUACAAUGGCAAUGAAAAAAGAUGAGAAGGCUUCUACCCUAAACCACAGCAAAACAGGAGUUAUAGUUGUUGUUGGUGUCAUCAUCCUAGUUGGAAGUGGUCUUGCAGGAUAUCUUUUCUACAAAAGAAGAAAGAAUUGCUUGCCAACAAAUGACAGCUUUGAGAAUAAUUUGUAUUUUAAUGGUGAUGCAGUUCCUGGAAUUAGUGACACAAAGGAUCUUGUGACCAACAUAGAGCAGAAUGAACAUGCAACACUGUAACGUAACAAAAGAAAAUGUAAUGUAAUAUGUAAUAUAAAAUGUAAUGUAAUAAAAUAAAAUGUGCCUUGUUUUAUUAAAAUUAUGCAAUUAGAAUGAAGCCAAAGGUAUUUUCCUAUGUGCAAUUACUGUAACAGCCUGUUUCUGUGUGUGUGUAAUGUCAUACACUGCAGUUACUUUCUUUUGUAGUCAUUACAUAAGGUGAAAGAUUUCAGAUCUCAGGAUUUGAUGAUCACACGGGUGAAUGUGGGCCUUAAGAAAAGUGAUAGUGUUGACUAAUUGUUAAAUGGAACAAUAAAAAUGGAUAAAAUAAAGAAAGUAGAAUGUAGAUAGAUCCACUUGAGGAAGGCACACAAGAUUUGACAUUUCUGCAUCAGAUUUAUUUCAAACCAUGCUAUUGAACAGAUACUCAAAGCUAUUCAGUAAACAUCUUCUACCAUCGUUCAAGUAUUCCCAUGAACUUAAAUACAGGCAUAGUCACUACAGGAUAAGUCUGUAUUUGGGCACAUUUCCCCUUUGAACCAUGUGGGGAAAAAGACUUUAUGAUAUUUCAUUUCCUACAACUUCAUAAACACAGAAAACCAAGAAUGUAGUACUUCUAGUUUAUGUAUUCUAGGAUUUAAUCAGGUAAAAUCUGGAGGCAGAUCUCUGGAGUGGAAAAGUGUGGUUGAUAUUAGCUGCCAGUUUUGGCUGGCCACAAGUGGGUUUGUUGGUGAGAGAUGAUGAGGAUCAUGGCAAGACUUCCUUCUUAUCAGGCAACAGUUACUGAGGGGAGGGAGGAAAAUUGCCUGUGCAGGUUCUGAGGGUUUCUAGGAGCAGAAGGUUUCUGCACAGCUGUUGUGGUGAUCACAUAUUGGUACUGCUCUCUACAGCUUCGCAGUAAGUAGAAUAAGUUUGUGGGAUGUGUGCUGCAAGUAAAGAACAAUUUAACUUCACCAAUGUAAUAGUUGCUACUGAUUUUAUUUACUUUCUAAAAUAGUUAAAUCAACUACUAUUUAUGGACAUCUUAUAUUCCCCAAGGAGUUUAUAUUCCUAGUUUUUUAGAUCCUGUAAAAUAUAAAUCAUGCAUGAUUCCUCACUUGCAUACAAAAGUUUGCAAGGAUUGAUUUUGUGGUUUCAGAUUUUGCUCUGUGAAAUAAAAAAUAACUAUCUUGGAUUUUUAAAAUAGGUUUGCAUUUUAUAGUCUCAUCUAUAUAAGACACUGUAACAUGAUAAAGUGAAAGAGGAGUUGAUACCACUGGGGAGACUUUCCAGCAAAAGUUGCAAUCAAGAAUUGUAUUAACCAUGUUUUCCUGAAUCUGUCCCAGGAUUAUCUGCUUAAAGGCAAAACAAAAGUGUGAGAUGAGGGAUGUAGUAAAAAUUUUAAAUUACAUACACAUGUAGGUAAAAUGGGAAAAUUUGUCCUGGGACUGCUUUUCUCUGGCUCUGCUCUCUUUCUCCCAGCUAUUUCCUUGUUCUGUUCCUACUGCUGUUUCCAUUUUUAAUGCACAGUUGUUUAAGCAUGUUUUUUCAAGAAUCAGUAUCUUUAAUGGAUUUUUAUGCCGUCUGAUGUGGCUUGUGACAGAAAGCUCUGACUGACUGAGUAAUGAUACUAAGGGUCAUGUUGUUUCAGUUAUAUGGAGGAGUGGUGCCAGGUAGAAAUUUAUGUGAAAUAGGCAAUGAAAGGCCAAGAGAGCCUGACUGGAAUCCCAGCCUCACUGUGCUGGCUGCUGAGCAAACAAUUAACAGGUGCAGUCUCACCAAAAACAAGCUCAGUCCACUUCUGGGCCCUGCACAAUCUUAAAAUGGUAUCUGUACACUGAGUUGUUCUUCCAGAUAACCUUUAUUCCUAUGCACAUAUGCAAAGGUAUGGCUGCAAAGAAGAUAAAAAUAGAGGGGAUGUCUGGCUUCUGGUUCCUUGCCAUGCUUAGAAAAGUACAUCACUAAAAAGUGUCAGGGAGGGAAUCCAGCUGCUGGAGCCUGGAUAAUUCUGAGCUCAUUCAUCCAUUUACUUUUCCUGAAAUCCAGCAUCAUCUCUGAGUUGAAGAGAAUUAAAAAUGUCAUGCUACUUAAUAGCUGGCAGUAGAUGUAGGUGCUUCUGUGAAAUGCUGUGUCAGUUCUGCUCUCCUGUCCAAACAGGUACAGAAAAUAUUAGAAAAGGUUCUAAAUAAGAAGCCCUACUGUGGAGAUUGUGCUACUUAUCCUGCUCAUUUUAGAAAGAUUUUAGAAAAAGACUUGAAAGAUUUUCAGAAGAGGUGGAACUUGAAGAUGCAAGGAUUACAGUACCUCCAAUUUCAAGACAAUAGAAUUGAAGCAAAUUUCUCAUUAAAAAGAUUAAUAUAGAAAGAGUAGCAUUUAAAGCACAGGAAAUCAUUACAGUUCCAUGUCAUAAGCAGAAGAUGAGCACUGAUACUUUAUACACAAACUCUAACAGAAGUUUUUAAGUAGAAGGUAGAGAAACAAGCAAGCUUGAACACUUUAAAAAAUAUUUAACUAAUAUAAGGUCAAAUGGAAAGCUUUUACCUAGGAAGAGAGGUAAAAUAUGCUUCCCUAUUUGAAUGGAAAAAAGAAAUGUGUCUUAUUGGAAAUGAGUCAUGUUCAUAUGGACACACUCUAUUUUUAUAUUUUAUGUAUUCUGAUCCUUCACCAAAUCUUUCAACCAUUUUCUACUACUGACUGGUAUUCAUAUUUGGGUUAGUCAGGUGCCUUAGAACCAAAUUGUUGCUCUUGUGAUCCCCACGUAGAUGACACUACUUAGGGGAGGUCUUAGGCUGUAUUUUGCAUACAUAUAUAUAUAUAUAUAUAUAUA